UUAGGUCGGGGCCGUUGAUCAGGCAAUGACUGGCCCCACAUACUGACAAGGACACGACCAGGGGUCUGAGUGGAAGAGUGUCUGUGACCUCGGGAACCUUGCAGGAAUCCCAGCAUGUGAAUUGGACAUGAUCACCCAGUUGGAGAAAGAACAACUGUAGACACUGGAUCUUCAGGGAGCUGAAGAGGGGAGUGACCAAAAAUAUCUGUCUAGAUAGGGAGAUUUGAACUGAACCAAAGCAUCAACACCAAUCAGGCUAUUUCUGAAGAACUAGAGUUUUCAGGGUCAGCAAUGGAAAGUCUCCGAAGGAAUACUGCCCAACAUCCUAUGAAUGAAGAAGUCUGUAAAAGUGAGGGCCAGUUGUCAAGGCAGACAAAAUGUCCUACACAGAAGAAAUCUUCUUUUGAGAAAACAGCAAUCAGAAAAGUGUCAAUGACCCUCAAGGAAAUUUUCACUAGGGAGAGAGGCCCUGAAUCCAGUGAAUUUAGUCUAAGCUCAAAACUUAAUACACGGCAGAAAAUUCCAAAGGGAGCUAUGUCCCCCAUAUCUAGGAAAAACUCCAAAGAUAAUUCAGGCUUAAUUAAACACCAAAAACUCUUUCUGCAAAGGAAACCUUGUAAAUGCAAUGAAUGUGGUAAAGCCUUUAGUUACCAAUCAGACCUUAUUGUUCACAGUAGAAUUCAUGGUGGAGAAAAGCCUUUUGCAUGCAAUGAAUGUGGGAAAACUUUUAGCCGAAGUACACACCUUAUUGAACAUCAAAGAACUCACACCGGAGAGAAACCUUAUGAAUGCAGUGAAUGUGGAAAAGCUUUUAGCCGGAGUACACACCUUAAUCUACAUCAGAGGAUCCAUACUGGAGAAAAACCAUAUGAAUGUAGUGAAUGUGGAAAAGCCUUUAGCCGAAGCACUAACCUUAGUCAGCAUCAGCGAACUCAUAGUCAAGAAAAACCUUACAAAUGUAAUGAAUGUGGGAAAGCCUUCAGUGACCGUUCAACCAUAAUUCAGCAUCAACGAAUACACACUGGAGAGAAUCCCUAUGAAUGCAGUCAAUGUGGAAAAGCUUUCAGUUGGAUCUCAUCUCUUACUGAACAUCAGAGAACACACACUGGGGAGAACCCCUAUGAGUGCAGUAACUGUGGGAAAGUAUUCAGUCGGAGCUCAUCCCUUGUUGAACAUCAGAGAAUACACACUGGAGAAAAGCCCCACGAGUGUAGAGAGUGUGGAAAGGGCUUCAGUCGGAGCUCCUCCCUUAUUAUUCACCAGAGAACUCAUACGGGAGAGAAGCCUUACAAGUGUAAUAACUGUGGGAAAACCUUCAGUCAGAGUUCAUCUCUCAUCAGACAUCAGCAACUUCACACUAAAGAGUAA